ACAAAGCGAGUCCAGGACUGCCAAGGCUACACAGAGAAACCCUGUCUUGAAAAACCAAAACCAACCGAAUGAAAAAGAUAUCGAGAGGUACCUAGAUUCCAGAGGGGGAGAUGCCACCACCAUGUCCCUGUCACUGAGUUCCUGCCUCUGCUUUCCACCAGGUCCAAACCCAAAGCCAAUCGGAAUGGGACCUUCGGGUCAGGAGCCACAGUGGCUUAUGGAGUCAGAAGGAACUACACAUCUCAGAAAGAGGACGUGAACCUCUGGGGAGGCUACAGAGGCCAGCUGUGGGCAGUGCCUGUGACUUGGCCAGCUAUGGCUCUAUGGAGCACGAGUGCCCAGGACCAACAGGCUCUGCUGAAGUCGUUGGUGGUCCCAACCAUCCCUCCUUCCCAGAGCCUACUCCUCCUCCUUUGAAACAGGGAUCCCCAGGCUGUACCUGCCAGCACCGGCAACACAGCACCCCAGAGGUUCAGCUGAGGCCAGAGCCACUCGGUAACCUGGAAGACGCACCCCUACUGCCCCACCCGGAGUCCUUCCUCACUGCAGCAAGGGCAAAGGGCAAGCCUGUCAUCCCAGGGCCAGCCCAGCCAGAACCAGAGACCCUACACACUCGACCCUGUGUCAGAAGGACCCGCUACCACAUCACUGUCACCCUGCAGGGGUGCGGGCGGGCACCGGCGGCGGUGGAGGAAGAAGGUAAGGAACCGGCCAGACCAGCUCCCCACCCCUGUGGCCCUGAGGAAUCCAGGGGCUGGCAGGAGCCUCUGCAGGAACUCCGCCCCAUCGCUGGGUGCCCAAUCAACCCUCCUGGGGAACUAAGGCUGAGAGUCCCACAGCAUCGGGGAAGCGAGGAGAUCCGGCAGGAGCUCGGAGUGGGCUGGGAGCCUGGAUUCCCACACAGUGGGGAGCCAGGCCACAGUGUGACAAGGACAUCUCAGGUUUUGUCAGGGCCGAGCAUGGAAGAGGCAGCUGGGACCUCAGUGCGAGCUGAGGCCCGAGUGGUAAGCACCACACUGACAUGGCACCAACGGCCUCCUGUCCAGGAAGAGACCAGACACCGUUUUCACAAACUGUCUCUGGUGUCAGGUGCCCGAAUGGAAACCCCGCAGGAAGAAGUGUCUGAGCGUGGCUUCCCGCGAGAAGAAAUUAAUGGCUUUGUUAAGAAGGAAGAAGAGACUGCUAAUUGCCAGGGUCCUGGGGAGGAGCCUGGAGCCACGAACUUUCAGAGUCAUGGGCCCAUCUUUUCUAAGAAAUAUAUUCCACCCCCCAAGGAGAAAAAGCCUAUGGUGAGGCUGCAGGGGCCUGUGGAGUGGGGUGAUGGAGGCCUCCAGGUUCCCAGAACUGAACCACCAGGCAUGGGAUCCAUGGCUAGGGCUGAAUUAUUGGUACCUUUGCCUGGGCCACGUGAACCGAGUCCCCAUCCCAGUGUGGGUGUCACCGGCGGGGGUUCCAGGAACCAUGAAGAGUGGCGAGUGACACGCACUGUGAGGACCACCACCACCACUGUGGUGGGAGGGCACGUGGACCGCCGAGUGAGCAGCUCUGUCAGCGUGGGACCAUCAAUGCCAGGCGAGGCCCUGCCAAGGGGCCGCAAUGUGACCCGGACUGUCCGGGCAGUGGUGGUGAGCCCCAGGGCUGAGGGCUCACCCAGCCGUAGCCAGGCCCUGGAACUGCUGAGCAACCUCGUGCCCACAGAGCGCAGCAGCCCCCCUGUCAGCCGAAUCCCAAGGCUCACGGUGCUUACGUCAAGGGGCUCGGCCCUGGGUGGCACAGUGGGAACAACCUCGGGACAGCAGCUUGAGACCAGCACAGCCGAGCUGAAAAACAACAGCUCAAAACUGGUCCAGGUAGGCAUUCCUGCAGGUGAUUCCCUUGCUCAGGACCUAGCCGCCCCUAUAGCCUACCCAGUGCCAGACCAAGGCGGAGGAGUCUCGCACGCCAGAACUGGGGAAUCUUCAAUGCUGCAGGGAGCCUCCAGUCCUGCCCUGCUCCCCAACCAGACUUCUCAGAGCCAGAGCCGCGUGUCAGCACCAUCUUCUCCCAAGCCGCAGACCUGUGCCUCCUCCCUGGCCCAGCAUCCUUCAGAGCGGCCUGUGGUGCCCAUACACCUCAAAACCCAGCCCGCACCUCAUGUCCUGCCCUCUGUGAAAGAGAAGUUUGCAGGUCUCCCGAUGGCCCCCGUCCUGCCCAUGGUGAAGGGCGAGGUUACAACGCCUGAACCACCUCCGAGCCCAUCCUGUCCAAGGACAAAGGCCAUCCCUAGCCCACAAGGCCUUCUUGUCCCGGAUUCACCAAAGAAUAAGUUUGUUCAGGAACCUGAAAGUGUGCCCGUUUCUGCUCUUACUCAGAAAGAAGUCUUUCCAGGCCCUUGCCUUCCUGCUCCCUCCUGUACCCCAAAAGAGGUUGUGCAGGAUGUAGAAGGAGGCCCUUCCUUCAAGAGGGGUGGCCUGGACCCUCCAAAUAGCCCUUCCCGUUCUCUUUCUCGCAAAGAGACUGUUGAAGGCCCUACUGCCCCUCCUCCCCUGACCCCCAAACAGGAUGAGGUUAUCCAGGAUUCUCCAGGGAACCCUAUCUCAUCGCCUACCCCAAAGGAAAGUUCCCAGAGCCCUGCCGUGCCCCUUGACCCAUCCUCUUCAGAGGUCAAGGUGUCCCUCAGUCUAGAAGGUUCUCCUGCCCCAAAGCCAAUGGGAGCAGGGGUCAGAGUGAAACCUCAGCUCAUCCCAGACUCCAGUGAGGGGAAGGCACCCUCAGAGGCAUCCAGGGAGGAGGACGAAGCAGCCCUGAGCGCUGACCUGGAGAUUUUUCUGGAUACUUUGCGGAGCAUGGAACCCCCUGAGAUCCUCCGAACUCACCGAUUGCCCCGAGCUCCCCGCUCCUCCUACCUGGCCAUGUACGCCACGCUGCCUGCCAUUGAGGAGGAUCAGGUGGCGCCACGCAUGCCAGAACCCACUCCCCAGGAGGGAUCUGCUUUGGAAGAGGAGGAAGAGGAGGAGGAGGAGCUGGAAAACCCCUACCUGAGUGAUAAUGAGAAACUCCAGUGGAGGCGCGAGAAAGCAGGGCCUGGCCCCUCCCUGGAUCCCUACCCACUCAAGCCUGCUAAGGUCUCUUGCUCUCCUAUGGAGAUGAUGAAGAAACACAUAGCAGGUCAAGGCCCCGAACUUCAGGUCAGCAGCCGGCCUACUUCCCGCCUGGGAGGCAGCCUUCUCUUCAGCAAUAUGGUACCAGCCAACAAGGACACCCCUACCCUAGAACCGCUAGGCACAAAACUAUCUGCUCUGCCAGCUCACGGAAUGCCAGGGCUCAGGAAGGUGCUGGGACAGUUGCCCCUGCUCUGCAGUGGAAGGCCACCACCGGAGACUCCGGCACUUUUCCAGGCCCGGGAAGGGUGGAGCCCAGCAGAAGGCAAGACCCUGGGCAAAGUGAACACCAGGCCUGGGAAGGUCAUCCUCUUCUCAGAGCCUGGCUGCAAGGGCAGAGGCAGGGAAGUCUGGGGAGACACCUCAGAUGCCUCAGGCUGGGCCCCUGUAGCCUCCAUAAGAGUGGUUCGAGGCUGCUGGAUACUAUAUGAACAGCCGGAGUUCCAGGGCCAGAAGCUGCUGCUGCCUGAGGGGGAUGUGGAACUCAGAGCCCUGGCGUCCUCAUGGAGUACCCGAGCCAUCGGCUCCCUGAAGAGGGCUGUGAGGGACUACUGCACCCCGAGGAUCAGCCUGUUCUCUGAGGAGGGCCUCAAGGGCAAGCCAAUGACGCUAACGGGAGACUUGAAAGACUCUCAAGGUCUGGAGAGGCCCCUACAGGUGGCAUCUGCUGCUGUCACUGCAGGACUGUGGCUGUUAUACCCCAAACCAUUCUUUGAAGACAGCCCCCAUAUCCUGGAGCCUGGAGAGUACCCUACCUUGGAGGCCUGGGGUACCUCAGGCCCCAGUGUGGGUUCACUAAAGCCCAUGAGAUUGGGCUGCCCAAGCGUGGAAAAGCCAGGCGAGCCCAAGGCUGUGGUAUAUGAGGCCCCAGGUUUUCAGGGCCAGAGCUGGGAAGUCAGCGGUGACAUCUAUAACCUUCAGCAACCAGAGGACAGACAGAGUCCCCAUCUGACCUCCGUGGGGUCCCUGCGAAUUCUUGGGGGCUGCUGGGUAGGCUAUGAGAAGGAGGGCUUCCGGGGUCACCAGUACCUGCUGGAAGAGGGCGAAUACGCGGACUGGUCACACUGGGGAGGCUAUGAUGAGUUGCUGACAUCCCUGCGGGUCAUCCGGACGGACUUUGGAGACCCGGCCGUGGUGCUGUUUGAGGACAUGGACUUCCAGGGGCACAACGUGGAGGUGAGUUCUGCCCUCCCGGACGUGGAGCUAGCUCAGCACGGACCCAGCACGCAAGCCAUCCACGUGCUCAGCGGCGUGUGGGUGGCCUAUGAACAGGUGGGUUUCUCAGGCGAACAGUACAUCCUGGAGAAGGGCGUGUACCGCAACUGCGACGAUUGGGGCUCUGGUAACUCGACCCUUGGCUCCCUUCAGCCAGUUGUGCAGGUCGGGGAGGACGAUCUUCACUUUGUCUCGAAGAUUCAGCUUUUUUCAGGCCCCAACUUCUUGGGCGAUCACAUUUCUUUUGAGGAUGACCAGGCCUCUCUGCCAGCUUCUUUCCACGCCCAGUCAUGCCGAGUCUAUGGUGGCAGCUGGGUCCUGUUUGAGGCGAAGAACUUUGAGGCCGACCAGCACAUUGUGUCAGAGGGCGAGUUCCCCACUCUCACAGCCAUGGGCUGCCUGGCCUCCACAGUCCUGGGCUCUCUCCGGAAGGUUCCCCUGCACUUUUCAGAGCCUUCGCUGUCCCUCUUCGGCCUGGAGUGCUUCGAGGGGAAGGAGAUCGAGCUGACAGGGGAGGUGCGGAGCCUGCAGGCAGAGGGCUUCAACAACCACGUGCUGUCCGUGCGCGUCAAGGGCGGCGUCUGGGUGGUGUGUGAGCACGGUGACUUCCGGGGCCGACAGUGGCUAUUGGGUAGCUGCGAGAUCACCAACUGGCUGACCUACAGCGGGACCCAGAGGGUGGGAUCCCUCUAUCCUAUCAAGCAGCGCCGAGCCUAUUUCCGGCUGUGGAAUGUGGCACUAGGGGGAUUCCUGGCAGUGCCUGACCACGUGGAGGACAUGAAAGCGGGCCGUGUGGUGGUCUCGGAGCCCCGAGCCGGGGGCAGCUGUGUCUGGUACUAUGAAGACGGACUGUUGAAGAACCAGGUGGCCCCCACCAUGAGCCUCCAGGUGAUUGGACCGCCUAGCCCGGGCUCCAAAGUUGUACUGUGGGCCGAAAGCCGCCUACCACGCCAGACUUGGAGCAUCAGUGAAUUGGGUCAUAUCUGCAGCCAGAUGUUUGAGGGCCAGAUCCUGGACGUGAAGGGUGGCCGAGGUUAUGACCGAGACCAUGUGGUACUAUGGGAACCAACGAAGGACAGACCUUCCCAGAUCUGGACUGUCCACAUACUUUGAACCAACUUUUCUCCCACUUUCCUCAGGAGGCUUUUGCUGGGAUGAAUUUGUUGUUGUUUGUUUAUUUGUUUUUUGUUGUUGUUUUGUUUUUACAGAUUUUUCUGUAAUAUAAGCUAUUUU